AUCGGGCUGGUUGAAAGUAAGCUCCGUUCGCACGUCAAUCGCGAGAGCGAAAUCAAGCGAUAAAAUGUCGCUAGUGUAGCGUGAAGUGUCAAGCGCGGCAAGUGCUUUGCUGUUUGACGUUCGCUUAAACAUUAUUUGGCCCGCUGCAGCCGGACGAGCGUCAAACGAAGCUGGGGUGCUGGCGGUAGUUUAUUAUAUGGUAAUGGUAUUCAUACGUUGAAUGUGUUGAAAAUUCAUGAUACAACAGAGAUAGUCGGAAAGGGAGAUAGAGAGAGAGAGAGAGAGGGAGAGAGAGAUAGAGAAAGAGAGACGACAUGCGCGUCGACGACGAUAUCGCGAUAUUGCGACGGUGCUAUCAAAUGCGAUAACGCAAGCGUAUGUACCUGAUAUCAUCAGCGCUCCAAGAUGUAGGCGGACGCUACAUGACGCUACGCGGCUGCCUGUGCUGAAACCGUGCGGAUCUGGCACGCGAUCACGACAUUAACGACGCUCGCUUUUUGGAAGUUUACAAACUCGAGGAACCAAUACGAGGCUCGUGCAUUAACGAGAGACUCCAUAAUGCGAGGCCGACGUCAACCGGAGCCGGGGCCACGGCCGUCAAUGGCCGGCUGAGUUAGGUUAUCUUGCCAGUGUGACGUUGAGGAAAUCAUGAAUAUCGCUUACCGCCUUGACUCGACACCUGUUAACGCCUGAAUCUUUGCCUCACCCUUGUGUUUUUCGUCUUUCGGCUGAUGUAGGGAUAGUGUGUGCAACGUGUGAGAUGCCAGUUUCUGUUUUUCGGAUUUUUCAUCAUUUAACGUGUCGUCAAGCCAAUAAUUGAGCAAACACGCACUUUAUACUGCGCACGUUGUGAAAUACGAUUAGAAGAGUUGCACCGUAGAAUCGUUGCACCGUCUGGUAAUUGAUAAAUAAUGGUGAUUUCAUCUUCAGUGGAAGAGAGAAGAAUUUAUCGAAUCAACAUACAAAUGCAAUGCCAUAAAUAAAACAAAACAAGGAUGAGUUGCUCCGUAGAACUACGCCAGCGUAGGCAACAGGGGAUUGUGGAGGAUCCUCACAGGCUUGCAGCGAUGAUGAAUAAAUCUCAAAGACUUAUAUUGGGACUUUUAGUGCUAUUAUUGGUCGAUAUAAUUUGGGUCUCCAGUUCUGAACUUACUAAAUAUAUUUACAGAGAAGCUGCAUUUGAAAAACCAUUUUUUAGUACAUACGUAAGAACAUCUAUGUUUACGCUUUAUUUGCUUGGCCUGUGCUUUUGGCCACCUUGGCGGGAACAAUGCAAUAAACCAGCCACAUACAUGUUCAUAGAUCCCAAUAUUGAGGAUGACAAUUUCUAUUCGGAGGCUAAUACCAGUCUAAGUGACCCAACAUUUGUUCCGAUAAAAACUCCGGAUCACUGCGAUCGUUCAUCGGGUACGGAAAGUGACGACUCGUCUAUAAGAUCCGUAAGAUUUAGUAAACUAGCGGAAGUGCGCCAUAUGUCAGAAAGUGAUGCUACAGAGGCUCUGUUGGCGCGACUUAGUUACCAGGCUAGCGUUAGAGCUGGGGAACACGCGAGGCGGCAAGCUAACAAGUUCUCUGUACAAAAAGUGGCCAAAAUAGCCCUUAUGUUUUGUCUAUUUUGGUUCAUGGCAAAUUACACAUACCAAAUAUCAUUAGAACAAACUGAAGCCAGAAUCGUCACUAUAUUAUCUUCAACAUCUAGUUUGUUCACUUUAUUUCUUGCUGCCUUUUUCCCUAGUAACGGAGGGGAUAAGUUUACUCUGUCCAAGUUAGCUGCUGUAGUUAUUAGCAUCUUUGGACUGGUAUUAGUCGGUUUCUCAGAUUUAAAUGUAAAAAGCAAUAGCAUGUCAACGGGCAUAAUAUUAGCUCUAGUCAGUGCUUUUUUCUAUGCCACAUAUAUUGUAUUUUUAAAGAGAAAAGUAGAUCACGAGGACAAGAUGGAUAUACCAAUGUUCUUUGGUUUUGUUGGUAUAUUUAAUUUGACUCUUUUAUGGCCUUUAUUUUUUAUUCUUCAUUAUGGUCAUUGGGAAGAAUUCGAAUGGCCCAAUAGUCAUCAGUGGACAUUUUUGAUUAUAAACGGCCUGAUUGGUACAGUCCUGGGCGAAGUACUUUGGCUAUGGGGUUGUUUUUUAACAUCGUCUCUUGUAGCAACAUUAGCUGUAAGCUUAACAAUGCCCAUGUCGAUGGUGGCCGAUGUCCUCCUGAAAAAAGUUGAAUACCCUUGCAUUUUCUACCUAGGGAGCAUUCCAAUGCUUUUAGCAUUCCUGACAGUAUCUCUCCUAUCUUAUUAUGAUAAUUGGGACCCUGUUAUGGAUUUAAUAAAACGAUUUUACAUUUGGAUUUGCAGAAAAAAUAAUAGAUCAACAAGGAUUCCAGAUCUUGAAGCAGAACAAACGGAAUCUUUGAUAGGGAUUGACAGUGGUGAUCAUGAAGCUUAGUGAGACAAUAAAAAGAGUCAAGAAAAUGAUAAAAAAUAUCUCGUAUUAUAUAUACUAUAUAUAAUACGACACACACACACACACACACGCGCGCGCGCGCGUGUGUAUAUAUAUAUUACCGUAAUAAGAAAAAACAAUUGAUAAGCAUGCGUUUCUUGUAUGUUUGUGUCUCUAUCGUCCGUGAACGCCUGUUUCUACUUAAAUCUCUCAGUAUCAGAUAUAACGCGAUAAUCCAGAUUUCACUUUCUUCGGACGCGAGUAUCGCUUUAUUUCGCGAUAAACAUCACGUUAUGAUAUUACUGUCGACAAUAAUCGUUGCUAUUUAUGACAAACACCAUUUUAGUUUGUCAUGCAUAUCUAAAACUACCUCUGCAAUUUCUUACCAGUUUAUUCUGUAAUCAAAAAAUUGAUUGCAUAACUGUGCUACCAAGAUGUUUGUUAAACCACAGUUUCUUUUUUUUUUCUUAGAGAAUAUGCAUAAUUUAGAAUUCUCUGUUGUAUCUUAUAAAAGCGUGAAUUCUAUAAUUGAGUUUAAAAGCAAAACCCAGUGUCUUUACUGAAAUCUGUACAUAGUAUGUAAUAAGAGUUGGUUAAAAUCAAAGAAAUUCUGUCCUUUAUAAGACUAUACUUUUCGUAAACUGUAAUACUUUUUAUGCUGUGAAAGCUUUACACAUUAUUGUAACACGUGUGUACGCAUGUUGAUAAUCAAUGAAUGUAUAAUUUGUCAGAGACAAAUGGCACUUCGCUAAACGCUUUAAGAAGCUUUUGUAUGGAAAGAAUCUUUGAUGCAUUCUGUACUUAUUAUUUUCAGUAUUUCUCGCUAAUUUUUGGCAAAGUAUUGUAAAAAAUGGAACAUAGUUGUAUUAAUAGGAAUUAAUAAGAAUUAGUGGGAAAGAGACGUUAACGCUUUGGACCAAUUAAGGAUUUGACGAUAGCAAAGAGAUCAUCGUGUAAUACGCGUAGAAUAAGGAAUCAGUGAUAUGAGAUGGAAGUUUUGUAUUUGGUGAAAAAAAACAAUGAUUCGAGCUACGUUAUAUUUUAAACGUCUAGUCAAGACACAUCCAUCAGCUUAUCUCACUAGUAGAGUAUAAUUUUAUGAUUUACUGGUAAUUGUUAUAGCUUUUAUUAUAUAUUGGAUAAUUUAUAUUCGUUUCUCUGCCUCAGUAAAUAAUGCGCACAAGUUUCGCUAUGUUGUGUUCAAAUAUCAACAAGGUAUUAAAAGAAAGAGAGAAAUAGAGAGCAUAUAACACGGUGAUAUAUAAAGUGAGAUAUAAAUUAUGUUUAUCAAUUUCAAAACUCGCGGGAAUGAGAAAGAGCAUUAAUUAUUUCAAAGAACGGACGUGUAAUAAAUGGUAACAAGAAACAAGACACGCGCGCUAUUCUUGCGUUGUAAUCGCGAAAUUUAUUCAUAUUCACACGCCUUAUCCACGCGACUUCGAAAGAGUCCGAUCUUUGAUAAAUUAAUGCAACUUGACUGAUCUCAACUGAAUUGAAUGAUAUAUCAUAUUUUUAUCACAAAUGUUUCUCUGUAAAGAAAGAUAUCCUAAAAAUCGUGUAUAUAUACAGAUCUACUAUAUAGCACUGGUGAUCUGUAGAAGCGAACGGAAUGGAAGCAAGAGUCUUUCCAAGAGAAGGAAAAUCUCUGGGAAGAGAUCGGGACAUUCGUAAUAAUAAAUUAACGAUGUGAUGUGAUAUAACGAUAAGUAUGAGGCGCGCAAAUAUACUUUAGAAUAGCAUGAUAUAAUCCGUUAAAAGAUUAUCGAUAGAUAAUGAUUGAUUGUUCCUGUAUAAUGUUGCAAGCCAGACUUGAGAUUCACCUGUAAGUUUAAUUCGUCUAUGUUAUGUACGUAGGAAGCUACUUUUGGCCUUGAAUUAUUAUAUCCAUUUCAGAGGUACUCGCAUUGAGAUACCUCGGUAUCGAACGCGAUCUCGUCGAAAUUUCAAAAAAAUGACGCAAUCGUCCCGAGAAACUCAAGACUGGGCUAUAAUCAUGUUUAUUGUAUAUAUUCGAUGUAAAUAUAAUAAAUAAAUAAAUAUAUAUAUAUA